GGGGAGUUCUAUAAUAGAUACCUUCUUGGUGCACUGCUCGUCCACUCCAACAAGUUAUCUCUCCAAGCCUCCCAUGGCCAACCCAUACACCUUCCUUAGGCCUCACAUAGACCACCACUCCUCCUUCCAAAGAAGCUUGGUCUCCCCACCCCCUCCUUCUCCUCCCCCUUUCACAAAGGAAGCAAUUCCUCUCAUCAGCCUCCUACCUUCAAGUCAUGACCACAAACAUGGUCACGACAAUGAUCAACGACGGAAGAAGGAAGAGGAGGUCAUGGAGGAUGUGGAAAUCAAACUCCAAAUUGGCCCACCAUCUCCGAGCCCAAAUCGCGCCCUCAAUCUCGCAAAGAGUACUACUGUCGCCAAUGAUGGCGAUGACAAGGUGGAAGAAGGCCAAGAGCCAGGAUCAGAGGAAAGUGAUGGCCGCCACGUCGACUACUUGGCCAUUGGGAAGCUCACCAAGGGCAAGUAUUGGAUCCCUACCCCAGAACAGAUCCUCAUCGGCCCCACGCUCUUCGCCUGCCCUGUGUGCUGCAAGAUCUUCAGCAGAUACAACAACCUGCAGAUGCACAUGUGGGGGCACGGCUCGCAGUAUCGGCGCGGCCCCGACUCACUCCGCGGCUCGCAGCCGGCGGCGAUGCUCCGGCUGCCGUGCUUCUGCUGCGCGCCGGGGUGCCAGAACCACGUGGACCACCCGCGGGCGCGGCCGCUCAAGGACUUUCGGACGCUGCAGACGCACUACCGCCGCAGGCACUGCGCCAGGCCCUUCCUCUGCCGCCGCUGCGGCAAGGCCCUCGCCGUGCGCGGCGACUGGCGCACGCACGAGAAGAAUUGCGGCCGCCGAUGGCGCUGCGCCUGCGGCUCCGACUUCAAGCACAAGCGCUCGCUCAAGGACCACGUUCAAGCAUUCGGGCGCGGCCACGUCGAGGAGCCGUCGGCAGCGGCGGCGACCGCCACGAUCUAGCCUGCAGGACGGGUAUUAGGAGUGGCUGGUGCUGAACCUUUAAUUAGUUCAUUCGUUUGUAGCUGUCAAGUGCAUCAUCUGUUCAUGUCUAGCUACAUGUCAGGGUAAUAUAUAUCGCUUGUGAGUUCUAAAUUUUAUUAAUUGUUAGUUCUUGGUUGUGAUGUAUCAUCGAUACUUUUUAUUCUUUUCAUAC